UGCGGUGAAAAUGGUGUCAAUAACCAUGUUCUACAGGUGUUUGUUGGAGGGUCUGAGUGAAAUUCUGAGAUGAAACUGUGGAAGCAUUAAUUUUGAUUGAGAUGGGCAGAUUAAGGGUUCUCUCUUCCUUGGCCCAUAUAAUUCUAGAGCUGUUUUAAUUUUGUCGGAAGAUUGAAGGUCUCUCUUUUCACAUGGCUGGAGGGGAAAGAGCAAAGGGACUCAGAAAAUCAUGUAUUCUUCUUAUAGUGAUUGCUGGUAUGGAGAGGCUUGCCUUCAAGGGGGUGGCAUCCAACUUGGUGACUUAUCUUACUGAUGUUGUGAACAUGAGCAACUCCUCUGCUGCCAAGACUGUCAACAGUUGGUGUGGUUUCACAUCCAUGCUGCCACUGCUAGUGGCACCGAUGGCUGAUUCUUGUUGGGAUCGAUAUUCUACCAUAUUGGCUUCUUCUUUCCUGUAUGUUGUGGGACUUGUGGCAGUGACAUCAACUGCAUUAGCAUGGGCAUGGUCUCCACCAAGUAGCACACGCUCCUCAUCUCUCCUCUUAUGGUCCCUUUGUUUAAUUUCACUUGGCCAAGGUGCAUAUAACCCAUCCUUGCAAGCCUUUGGGGCAGACCAACUUGAUGGCAAUGAUGAAUUGCCUUGUGGCAAAGAUGAUCAGAAAUCUGAUAACAGGAGUAUGUUUUUCCAAUGGUGGUAUUUUGGAGUUUGUGGUGGUAGCCUGUUGGGUGUCACACUUAUGUCCUACAUCCAAGAUACCUUUGGUUGGGUAAUAGGAUUCGCUAUCCCCACAAUUGCAAUGGUUACAUCAAUUGUGUUUUUCUCAUGUGGAAGCCGAAUCUAUGUUUAUAGACCAGAUGGAGAGUUUAAUAGUAAGCCUUUUUAUGCCAUAAUCCAGUCCAUCAAAUCAACAUUAUCGAAAUUGACCACUAGCAGAAUCACAUUACGUGAUGAGAAUGCCAAAAUGGUGGAGCUAGAGCUUCAAGAGAAACCCCUUUGUCAUGAACAAUUGGCAGCCAACAAUAAAAGUAGCACAUCAUACAUGCUUGAAAAUGCUAAGCUAGUGCUGCGACUUUUGCCCAUCUGGACAAUGCUACUUAUGUUUGCCGUAAUUUUCCAACAACCUCCAACAUUCUUCACUAAACAAGGCAUGGCAAUGAAGAGGAACAUUGGCAGUGACUUCAACAUCCCACCCGCAACACUACAAAGUGCCAUCACACUGUCAAUAAUCCUCCUAAUGCCUCUCUAUGAUAAGAUCUUGAUCCCAAUAUCACGGAUGGUAAUCCGUAACGACAAAGGUAUUAGUGUAAUGCAAAGAAUGGGAAUUGGAAUGUUUCUCUCUAUCAUAGCCAUGAUCAUUGCUGCAACUGUUGAAACAAAGAGACUCGAGAUCAGCAGAAAAAUGCAAAUCCAAGAUUCAGAAACUGAGCAAGAAACAAUACACUUGAGCAUAUUUUGGUUGCUACCACAAUAUAUUCUUCUAGGCAUUUCAGACAUUUUCACUGUUGUUGGGAUGCAAGAGUUCUUUUACAAUGAAGUACCUGUCAAAAUGAGAACAAUGGGGUUUGCACUCUACACUAGUGUUUUUGGGGUGGGGAGUUUCCUAAGUGCCCUGUUGAUUUCAGUCGUGGAGGUUUUCACUAGUUCAAAAGGAAGACCAAGCUGGUUCUCUGAUGACAUGAGAAAAGCCAGACUAGACAAGUACUACUGGCUUUUAGCUUCAGCAAGUGCAGUGAGUUUGUUAUUGUACAUAAUUUUGUGUAAAUGUUACAAAAGCAGGAGAGACUUGGAAAAUGGCAGCUGUAAAUGAGCUCCUUCUUUUGAGUUUCAUAAAGUUUUGGGCAAUAACUUCUGGUAAUGUAGAUACUUUCUCUGCAUAAAAUUUUAUGGAGUACUUCUUGGCCUGCUUAGAAGGGCAAAACUUCUGUUAAUCGAGUCAACAGUCGACUGUCAAUGAUUGAUUUAGAAAAACAAGCUUAAUUAGGACUUUUUUCAAUAAACAUUUAUUGAAAGU